AUGACCAUGACGAAGCACGACUCCGGCGAUAAUAAUUGGCUCAUCAAUGAACGAGUAGUGGUGCAAUGGAGUUGCCCGGACAGGGGCCACAGCGACUAUCUCGGAUACUCAGCACCUGCGCGCUGGGGGUCUCAUCUGUCUCUGUCGCUCGGCGUCAACGUUUCGAAACGCGAAUCGCUGGUCUGGUUUCGGGUCCCCGUGCGUUUCAUGUCUGACUCGGAGAAGGGUUCGACAAAGACGACGCUCCACUACGCUGUUGAUCCAACAAGGCUGGAUGCAGACGAACAGACAGAAGUCCCUCCUACGGUAGGCUUUUCGCUCAAGAGCGGCAGCGUCUGCCGGUCCGACGGCGACAUUGCGCGACUGAAUGUCGAACUUGCGAAGCCGGGUGCCGUGAUCAUGCCAAAGGAUUGUGCUCUGAAACCCUUCUCAGACAUUAGCCGCGAGGUGUUGAUUGCGCUGCGAUCGUUAUCUCAAGCAACUCGGUUCACAGUCUAUUUCAACCGACAAGCUGUAUCAGUAAGCCGUUUAGGAAAGUUGUGUCAGAUGGUGAACGAUAAAAGUCUCUCGUCUCGUCCCCUGGAUCUGCGAUCAAUGUACCACGGCAAUGGCGGCGAACUAGAGGCCUGGGCCAAUGUGGGGUUGCCGCUCGAACCGGCUGUUGCUCCGUAUAAAGGUGCCGGCGAGUCAAGAGAACCCACCGCGCCGCCGUCUGAAGGGCUCCGCGGCGGCCAGGCCGAUGAUGCCAGUGGUGGAACUCACCAUGUCUCAGCAGUUUCAUCAGAGGCAAAUACUGCUGCCCCGCCGGACACUACCCCGCCGGCAUACGAAGAAGCUGUGGCUGAAGCACCGGUGCAGCCUUGCCCGGCGCCGACUCAACCUGAAGCGGCAGUACCUGACGGGGAAAGGUCGAUUCAUGCCGGGCAACCUCUGCACGAGUCGAGCGGGCAAAGGGCCGAGGGGACGAGAAUAGAAACAGCGGGCAGAACGGUGACGAUUAUUUCCUCAGACGACGAGGUUGACGACUGCGAGUUUAAUGACGAGCCCACUGUACCCCCCACACGGAAGCGGAAAGCUCCCCGGAAGUCGAGCCUGGCCAAGAAAGCGGCCUCGAAAGCGCGGCCCACGAAACACGUCAAGUUCGACCUACUGACUAGAGAGCAAUGGAUCCCGCCGGGCCCAUUGUCCAAUAAAACGCAACCAUCACUAUCCGACAAGAACAAAGGGGGACCCGGAAACGCGCAAGCAGUAGCAGCAACAAAAGCAGCAGCAGAGGCCAGUGCCCCCGUUGCGAGGCGUCGCCCGCCCGUCGAGCCGCUAUCCGAUGAGAAGUCGCGCCUCCUGGCCGCGCUCCGCAAGUGGUUCGCCUGGGCCUGGACCGUGGAUGGUCGGGCACACGAGGGCGUGGCGGCGGCCGAGCUCCUGCCCCUGGGCCGGCAUGCGCGGGACGGCAACGCCGGAGCCUUCUUCGCCGCGAGGGCCGUAUGCUCUGCGCGCGUCUUGACGACCAAGGCGGCAGCGGCAGCGGCACCACCGUCUUCCGAAGAAGUAGUGGCGGACGGAGAAGGGCGGCACGACGGUGCCAGUGGUGGCCGUGGCCCCCACGCCGCGGAGGCGCCGCUGUUUAAUGAGCUGGUGCGCUUUUUGGCCUGGGCGGCGGCGAUUGACGCGGAUGCGGAGACGCGCUUGACGGAUGGGCUGCUGGUGCUGGGCCGGUGCGCGCAUGCGGGCGACGAGGAAGCGUUUAGAGACGAGUGCGCGGGGUGCGCUGCUGAGGUGCUGUUCUGGUGCGCGGAGGCGGAGGCGGAGGCGACGUAG